AUGGCUCUGAUAAAUACACGGCGGGCGGCCACUCUGCAUAGUAUUUUGACGGCAAGAGAGUCAAUUGCAAGCUUCUCGGCCCGGACAGACACCAAGUAUGUCGAGCCUCCACGUCGCAGCUUUCAAAAGAUGGAUAAAUCAUUUAUUGAUAUGACUGGAGGUCAAAUAUUCCACGAAAUGAUGAAGAGACAGAAUGUCCAGCACAUCUUCGGCUAUCCUGGCGGCGCGAUCCUCCCCGUAUUCGACGCCAUUUACAACUCGAAGCACUUCAACUUCAUCCUGCCCAAGCACGAGCAAGGCGCAGGCCACAUGGCCGAGGGCUACGCCCGCGCGUCCGGCAAGCCUGGUGUGGUGCUCGUCACCAGCGGGCCCGGGGCCACUAACGUCGUCACGCCCAUGGCCGACGCGCUCGCCGACGGCGUGCCGCUGGUCGUCUUUUCCGGUCAGGUGCGCACCACGGCCAUUGGCAGCGAUGCCUUCCAGGAGGCCGACGUGCUCGGCAUCUCCCGGGGGUGCACCAAGUGGAACACCAUGGUGCGCAACGUCGCCGAGCUGCCGAAGCGUAUCAACGAGGCGUUUGAGAUUGCGACGAGCGGCCGGCCGGGACCCGUCUUGGUGGAUUUGCCGAGCGACGUCACGGCGAGUGUGCUGCGCAGGGCCAUUCCGAUGCAGUCGUCGCUUCCUCGCGCCGCCAACACGAGCGAGACUAUGCAAUGCAACGACAAGUACCUCGAGGGUGCACUGCAACGCGCGGCUCGUCUCAUCAACAACUCCAAGAGCCCCGUCAUCUACGCGGGACACGGAGUUGUGUGCUCGAAAAAUGGUCCGGCGCUGCUCAAGGAACUGGCGGGCAAGUCGUCGAUUCCGGUGACGACGUCCCUUCACGGCCUCGGUGCGUUUGAUGAGCUCGACGAUAAUGCUCUACAUAUGCUAGGCAUGCACGGCGCUGGCUAUGCCAACAUGGCUGUACAAAAUGCCGACGUUCUUAUCGCUCUAGGUGGUCGUUUCGACGAGCGUGCUAUCUGUAACGUGGCGAGAUUUGCGCCCAAGGCACACGAAGCAGAAAGGAGAGGCGAGGGCGGCAUCAUUCAUUUCGAAAUCAUGCCCAAAAACAUCAACAAGGUCGUUCAAGCCACCGAGGCAAUCGAGGGCGACGUUGGCGCGAAUCUCGAGCUAUUGCUACCCCAUAUCGAAACAAAGACCAUGGAGGAUCGGCAGCAGUGGCACGAUCAGAUCCGCGCGUGGAAGGCGAAAUGGCCACUUUCCGACUAUGACAAGUCGGACGAUUCCGGCCUCAUCAAGCCACAGGCUCUCGUCGAGGAGCUCAGCAACCUUACCGCGCACAGCAAAGCCAACACGUUCGUGACGACCGGCGUCGGCCAGCACCAGAUGUGGGUAGCGCAGCACUUCCGCUGGCGACACCCGCGCACCAUGAUCUCCUCCGGCGGCCUGGGCACCAUGGGCUUCGGCCUACCCGCCGCCAUCGGCGCGCAAGUCGCCCAUCCCGACGCCCUCGUCAUUGACAUUGACGGCGACGCCUCCCUGGCCAUGACGCUGACGGAGCUGUCCACGGCGGCGCAGUUCCGCAUCGGCGUCAAGGUCAUUGUGCUGAACAACGAGGAGCAGGGCAUGAUUACGCAGUGGCAGAACCUCUUCUACGAGGACCGCUACGCGCACUGCCACCAGGCGAACCCGGACUUUGUGCGGCUGGCCGAGGCCAUGGGCGUGCAGGCGCGGCGGCUGGCCAGCCCAAAGGACACGAGGCAGGCUCUGGAGUGGCUGAUAGGUACAGAUGGGCCGGCGCUGCUGGAGGUGAUGACGGAGAAGAAAGUGCCGGUGCUACCGAUGGUGCCCGGUGGGAAAGGCCUGGAUGAGUUUAUACCGUGGGAUGGGGAGAGGGAUAGGGCGAGGAAGAAGCUGAUGCGGGAGCGGACGGGCGGACGGCAUGGGUAG